GUGGAGGGGCGAGACGCGAGCCACCCAAGCAGAAGCAGAAGUUCAAGUUCUUGAGCGAGGAAGCGGCAGGGGCUGCGGUAGGAGCCUGAGCGUCCUGGAGACUAGUAGGGAAAGGGGCGGCGGCAGCAGCAGCAGCCUCGCGGCGCAGGGGUCCUGGAGGGAGUUCAGGUCGGGCAGGCUGGCUGCCUCAGCGGCAGUUGUCACCCUGCACUCCUGCCCGGGGGCAGGGCGCUCCAGCCGCAGCCCAUCAAAGAAGUAGCCUGCUUUCCCUUUUUCCUCAUUUUGCUCAUCUUUUGAAGAGUUUCAUUUAAAAUGACCACCAAGAUCAACAUAGACACCCUUCCCGAAUAUGAGAAAAGUCAGAUCAAGCGGACUCUGGAAUUGGGAACUGUCAUGACCUUGUUUAGCCUCAAGAAGUCUAACCCUGAGAGGAGAACGGUCCAGGUCAUCACGGAGACCAGGCAGGUGGCCUGGAGCAAGACGGCUGACAAGAUUGAAGGAUUCUUGGACUUAAUGGAGAUAAAGGAAAUCCGUCCAGGGAAAAAUUCAAAAGACUUUGAACGUGGGAAAGCAAGUCGCCAGAAAGAAGAUUGCUGCUUCACCAUAUUUUAUGGCACUCAGUUUGUCCUCAACACCCUGAGUUUAGCAGCUGACUCCAAGGAUGACGCUAGUAAAUGGCUUUGUGGCUUGACAAUUUUGCACCAAGAAGCCCAGAAUGCCUCAACACCAACUAUUACUGAGAGCUGGCUAAGAAAGCAAAUUUAUUCUGUAGAUCAAACUCGGAAAAAUAGUAUCACCUUCCGAGAACUGAAGACCAUUCUUCCCUUAGUAAACUUCAAAGUUAGUAGUGCCAAGUUCCUGAAGGACAAAUUCCUGGAAAUAGGUGCCUACAAGGAUGAACUCAGCUUUGAACAGUUCCACUUAUUCUACAAAAAGAUGAUGUUUGAUCAACAGAAAUCAAUUCUUGAUGAGUUCAAAAAAGAUUCAUCUGUGUUUAUUCUGGGAAAUACAGACCGGCCAGAUGCAUCUGCCAUUCACUUGCAUGAUUUCCAGAGGUUUCUGAUGCAUGAACAGCAGGAAACCUGGGCACAGGAUCUAAAUAAAGUAAGAGAGAGGAUGACCAAAUUUAUAGAUGACACUAUGAGAGAAACAGCUGAGCCAUUCCUGUUUGUCGAUGAGUUCCUUACUUACCUGUUUUCAAAAGAAAACAGCAUUUGGGAUGAUAAAUAUGACUCUGUUGACAUGCAAGACAUGAAUAACCCCUUGUCUCAUUACUGGAUUUCUUCAUCUCAUAACACAUACCUCACCGGGGACCAACUUCGAAGUGAAUCUUCUACUGAAUCGUACAUUCGAUGUCUUCGAAUGGGUUGCCGGUGUAUAGAGUUGGAUUGCUGGGAUGGGCCUGAUGGGAAGCCGAUCAUCUAUCAUGGCUGGACACGGACGACGAAAAUCAAGUUUGACGAUGUGGUGCAGGCCAUCAGAGACCAUGCUUUUGUCUCCUCACAGUUCCCAGUGAUCCUCUCCAUUGAAGAACACUGCUGUGUGGAACAGCAACGUCAUAUGGCCAGGGUAUUUAAGGAAGUUUUUGGAGACCUCCUCCUUACAAGGCCCACUGAAGCCAGUGCCGACCAGCUUCCAUCCCCUGCCCAGCUGAAAGAAAAGAUCAUCAUUAAGCACAAGAAGCUGGGUCCCAGAGGAGAUGUGGACAUCAACAUUGAAGACAAGAAAGAGGAAAAAAAACAGCAAGGAGAACUGUACAUGUGGGACACCAUUGAUCAGAAAUGGUAUCGCCAUUAUUGUGCUAUAGCUGAUGAGAAGCUGUCUUUCAGUGAUGAUAUAGAACAGAAUAUGGAGGAGGAUUCUGUAAAGGAUGUAGCACAGACUGACCUGCAUUUUGGUGAGAAGUGGUUUCAUAAAAGAAUGGAGAAGAGAACAAGUGCUGAGAAACUAUUGCAAGAAUACUGUGCUGAAACCGGGGGCAAGGAUGGAACCUUCUUAGUCCGUGAAAGCGAGACUUUCCCCAAUGAUUAUACAUUGUCCUUCUGGAGAUCAGGCAGAGUCCAGCACUGUCGAAUACGGUCGACUCCUGAGGGAGGGGCCAUGAAAUACUAUUUGACUGACAACCUCAUGUUCAACAGCAUCUAUGACUUGAUUCAACACUACCGAGAAGCCCACCUGAGAUGUGCUGAAUUUGAACUUCGUUUGACAGACCCAGUGCCCAACCCCAAUCCUCAUGAAUCAAAAGCUUGGUACUAUGAUAGCCUGAGCAGAGGAGAAGCCGAAGACAUGUUGAUGAGAAUUCCCCGAGAUGGAGCCUUCCUGAUUAGGAAAAGAGAAGGGGGAGAUGCGUACGCCAUUACUUUCAGAGCCAAGGGAAAAGUGAAGCAUUGCCGGAUUAACAAAGAUGGGCAUCAUUUUGUGCUGGGGACAUCUGCUUACUUUGAAAGUUUGGUAGAAUUGGUCAGCUACUAUGAAAAGCAUGCGCUCUACAGGAAGAUGAGGCUGCGCUACCCCGUGACUCCUGAAUUGCUGGAGCGUUACAACACUGAAAGGGACAUAAAUUCGCUCUAUGAUGUCAGGAUGUAUGUGGAUCCCAGUGAAAUUAACCCCUCAACGCCUCAGAGAACCGUGAAGGCUCUAUAUGACUACAAAGCCAAGCGUAGGGAUGAGCUCAGCUUCUGUCGGGGAGCCCUCAUCCACAACGUCUCCAAGGAGCCUGGUGGCUGGUGGAAGGGUGAUUAUGGAGGAAGGAUUCAGCAAUAUUUUCCAUCUAAUUAUGUGGAGGACAUAUCAACAGUUGAUUUCGAAGAGCUGGAAAAACAGAUUAUUGAAGAUAACCCUUUAGGAUCCCUAUGCAGAGGAAUCUUGGACCUCAACACUUACAAUGUUGUGAAAGUACCACAUGGGAAAAAUCAGAAAUCGUUUGUGUUCAUCCUGGAACCCAAGAAUCCCAAUGAUCCUCCUGUGGAGUUUGCAACAGACAAAGUGGAAGAACUCUUUGAGUGGUACCAGAGCAUCAGAGAAAUCACUUGGAAGAAUGCGACAGUGGAGACCAACAUGAAAUAUUGGGAGAAGAACCAAUCAAUUGCCAUAGAGCUAUCUGACUUAGUCGUCUACUGUAAACCAACCAGCAAAACCAAGGAUAAUCUAGAAAAUCCUGAUUUCAGAGAAAUUCGCUCUUUUGUGGAGACCAAGGCUGACAGCAUCGUUAGGCAGAAGCCGAUUGAUCUCUUGAAAUACAAUCAAAAGGGACUGACUCGGGUCUACCCGAAAGGCCAAAGGGUGGACUCAUCAAAUUAUGAUCCUUUUCGACUCUGGCUUUGUGGCGCUCAGAUGGUUGCUCUGAAUUUCCAGACAGCAGACAAAUAUAUGCAGCUAAACCAUGCUUUAUUUGCACUUAAUGGCCGGACUGGUUAUGUCCUACAGCCUGAAAGCAUGAGGAAUGAAAACUAUGAUCCGACACCCCUGGAAUCACAAAGGAAGAUCCUGAUGACUCUCACUGUGAAGGUCUUGGGGGCCCGCCAUCUUCCCAAGCUUGGCCGAAGCAUUGCCUGUCCAUUUGUAGAGGUGGAAAUUUGUGGCACUGAGUAUGAUAAUAACAAAUUCAAGACAACGGUAGUAAAUGAUAAUGGUCUGAGUCCAGUCUGGGCGUCUACUCAGGAAAAAGUGACAUUUGAAAUUUAUGACCCAAAUCUCGCAUUUCUACGUUUUGUUGUUUAUGAGGAGGAUAUGUUCAGCGAUCCCAACUUUCUGGCACAUGCCACUUAUCCCAUUAAAGGAAUCAAAUCAGGGUUUAGAUCUGUUCCUCUUAAAAAUGGUUACAGUGAAGAUAUUGAACUGGCCUCCCUUUUGGUUUUCUGUGAGAUGCGCCCUGUCUUGGAAAGCGAAGAAGAGCUCUAUUCUUCCUGUCGCCAACUUCGAAGGCGGCAAGAGGAGCUGAACAACCAACUCUUUCUCUAUGACACUCAUCAGAACAUACGCAAUGCUAACAGAGAUGCCCUGGUGAAUGAAUUCAAUGUCAAUGAAAAUCAGUUGCAGCUGUAUCAGGAAAAAUGCAACAGGAGAUUAAGGGAGAAGAGAGUUAGUAACAGCAAAUUCUACUCCUAGAACAAGCCUUCAAUUUGGGAACUUUGUAUCUGCAUGAUAUGUACAAGAGACAUAAAAAGAGUACUUUACUAAGACCAUUAGAAGAUGCACAUCUGUGAAGUCAUCACUCUUGAAGAGCUGUCAUCAGGAUGAAUAUUUUUAAAGAAGAACCAAGCAGGAUUCACUAUGAUGACUUUCUGUUCUCUCUCCUCCAUUUGAUGUCCUUUUUAAUUUAUAUUCUGUACAAAUUAUACAUAAGAUACCUGGCUUGUUUUCUGUGUCCAGUACCACAUUCCUCCAUGAAUAAAGGCAAGCAAAGGCUCUAUUUGCAGAGCAAAAUUAGCUUCUCUACCAAAAUGCUUCUGUUUUUAGUGAACCAGGUAAUUGAUGAUUCCGGUGACAGGUGAAUAAGAAUUAUUAUGUGGAUAACUUGCUAGAUGUUGAGGACUUUAAUUAGAAAAAAAAAUGGUGCUUCUUUUCAAAUUAAAAUCCUCAACAUCUAGCAAGUUAUCCACAUAAUAAUUCGUGUAUGUCCACUUCCACAAGGAGUGGGGAAGAAAGGGAGAUUUUGCUCUCAUCUCACUGUCAGUGGUUUCAGCCUUGUCACUCCCUUUUUGCAACAGCUGCUACUCCAUUUGGGUCAGCCUGUCAUUAUACAUAUGUCAAUAGACAUUAAAAUGGCAGCUUAGGAUAACUGAGUGACUUAUUGAAUCACUUUUUGUAUAUCUUCUGAUAAUUUAAAUUGUCAAGGAAGUUUUGAAGUCUCUUUCCUUUUUUUUUUGUUUUGUUUUGUUUGUUUUGAAAGUAACUAUGAAUUGACAAGAUGGUCAAACAAAUGAAUGCUUCCCUAUAAGACUUGGACCUCUCAGAAAGCAUGGUAUUCAAGUAAUUUCUGUGUCAAUAGUUUUGUAUCCCUUCAAACUUAAAGCCAAGCACAUGCCUGAUGAUGGAUCAAGGCCAACCAACCAAGCUGUAGAAUAUAGCAUGUCAUGGGUCUUUGUCCUUGCUUGAAGGCAGUGGCCCAAGAUGGGAUCUUCCUUGCAUAAUAGGAAAGCUAAAUGACUGUUACAGUCUUUGAACUGAUUCUUUUUCUUGUUUCAAAGGAUAGUUAUCUAGGGGAUAGCUAUUUGUUAUGAGCAUGCUUUACCAAGCUUUAGAACAUUGAUUGAGUGACAUGAGGAAGGUGAGAAGACAGGAGAGGCACAUAAAAACAUGACAGAAUGUAACCUUAAAGAAGCUCAAAGAAUCCUACAAGCUUCCUCAUAAAACAGAUUAGAAAAGGUUGGUUCAUAGUUACUGCAGAUCUUUGUGAUGAGGGAAAUUCAUGAUUAAGCUCUUUUAAUAGGAUUUGGGAUUUCAAAAUGUAUAUAUUUGAUUCAUACUUUGUUGCCAAGUAUUGAACAUUUUUGUUGUGGUUUCAUUGGUGUGGGGUACUUUAGUGUGGAAACCUUACUUCCUUAGUAUCAACUCCUCUAUAAUUUGGUCAUAGAGAAUUACUUUAGGACUUCGAUGUUAAGUGACUUAUUGGGGAUUACAGAGCUAAUCUUUUCGAGAUGUAGGACCUGAAUCCAAGAGUUCUUGAUUACAAGGUUAGUCCUCUAUCCUUUAUACUGUGCUGCCUCUCAGUCUUACACUUUUAUUUUUUGAAUACUUGCAAAUUAUAAUUUAUAAUAAGCUAUUUUAGGAAAGGAUGAUAUCUGGGACUUAUUAUAGUUGGGAUUUAUUGAUAAAUUACCAUUCAGAGUGAAUUGAAUAUCAAUUUAGAGGAAAGGAUUUUUUAUUGCCCAGCUUAUUUCAGUGCUGUCAGGUAUCGUCAUGAAAUGGGUUUGAUAAGGAAAAAACACAGCAAUGAACACAAAAAUAUACCUUUUAGUUGCAUUUGUGCGGAAUUGGGGAUGUAGGUUAGGCAGAACAGGUUCUUCCUUUAGCCAGAGAACUCUUUUUGUAAAAUGUUCUUUUGAAAGCUUAGUUUUGGGUUAUGGCAAAAACUGUGACACAGAACCAUCUGCUAGGAGACAGCUUUUAGUGCUUCUUUUAAAGAGCUGUAACCCUUUUUUUUUUUUGUGAAACUGUGAACUUUCUGGUUUAUCCAGCAUAAGACAGUUUGAAUGUGUUCAUGUGUAGUAGGAGUGGGGAAGGGUAGUUAAUGAAGUAAACAUAUUUAAUUCUCUGGAUUACUGAGCAAAAAAACAUUUCUUAUGUUCCAAAGAGUUUUCACAAAUAGUCAGAAAGAUUGUUGUGAAGGCUCAGGAACUGCCUUCAACUCACUAUUAUUCCCAUUACAAUUUAUUUGUGGCAAAUUCUGUUUUUUAUUUCCUUUGUCAUGUUUUCUUCCCAGCUUAAUUACUCAUUGUUUGACAAUAUCACCUUUUGUUCAACCUGGCUAGAGAAGGAACAUUUAGGAAUUGACUUUGGGACCAAAUCACUGAGUUAGCCUUUUCCCUUUUUCCCAAACAUUCCCCUUAAUCUGGUCCUCUGCACCAAUCUACAUGAGUCUGAAUGCUGUACAGUCUUAGCAUGCCUAGAAGAGGAGCCUAAGCUCCAGGCCAUCCUGACAUUGAUAUCUGCAGUAUGGCUUCACUGUUACUUUAAAGUUUUAUGAAUUCUGGAACCAAUAGACACAGGUGAUUGGCCCAGAUUAGAUAGCAGCCACUUUGUGGUGUCCAGUUUUUGAAGGGUAUCAGAAAAACACAGUUGCCCCAAAUUAUCUUACCUACCCAGGUUUUACUGCCCUAAAUUCUUCCAUUUGAGAUAUAUUCCUUUGGGUCGUUAUUUCUGUUUUUCCUUAAAAAUAAAUCUAGUUGAAAGGGCAAUAUAUUAUGUUCAUUCACAUUGAGUUGUUAGUAAAUAAUGAGGUGACUUUUCCCUGGAAGAAGGUAGGUGGAAAAAUAAUGGAUUCACAAUUUUUUUCAGGCCUAUUCUUACCUCUUUACAAAAUAUAAGGAUAAAAACAUUCCCAAGUCAAUGAUUUUGCAUUAUCGAAGAUAGUUAUACUCCAAUAAAUGCUAAUAAUAAACAAUACAUUUUAGAGCCACAGUUGAGGCAAGACUGGCUCUGUAUCAGGCCACUGUAAAUAUGAGUGUAUGUACACACACACAUAACACACACACACCCCUUUGACAAUUCUAAAGGAUUCAAACAUAUCAACUUAAUCAUUUACAAAAAAGAUUCCAUCUGAAGUGAAGAAGUAAUAUCUAAAUGGCAGCUGAGGGAGCUUCUUAAUCUUGAACCAUAAAAUACGGGAGAGAAUGCUUUCAUGUUCAUUUCAUAUCCACCUUGUUUAGUGACCCCUGAAAUCAUAUCUUGGCCAACAGGAAUGGACAAUUAGAACAAAAGCAAUUUCUGAAGAACUGGGACAUUCAGACAGUUGUCAGAUGAUCAGUCAAGGUUUGGCUCAGGUUUCGCUUCUUUUAGAGAUUAUGCCCCAUAUUGCUAGAUUCCACUGCUGCCUUGUUUUCAGCACCCAGAAAUCUCUGUCUAGGAUUUUGAAGAGAAAUCCCAUUAUUCCUGCUUUUCUCUUUAGACUUUUAGCUGCUGCCUUUUAAACUUUUGUGUCCUAUUAUUAAAUCUUAAUUUAUUUUUAUAUAAAUAUCAUAUGCCUACAUGUAUAUAGCAAAGAUUAUUAGAAUGUCUCUCUGACAGUAGGUUUAUAUUAAUGCUGUGAUGGAUUAAAUUGCUCAUUGUAUUUUUUAAAAAGUUUGGUGUGAUGACUAAUAUUUAUCCAAAUUUUCCUGAUGCUUAGUUUUAUUUUGAGAGAGAAUGGAACUAAAGGUGAAAGAGUUCGAGACAGAAACAGGACGGUCAUUUUCUUAAAAUUCUCUAAUAUUCUCUGCAAUAAUCAUAGCCUGUGUCUAUAAGGCAAAUCUACUUUAGAAAAAGAAUGUAUGAGAAUCAAAGAUGUACAAAACAUGAAUUUAAGAGGAUGCUUAUUCACUGAAGCAAUAAGUUAACCUUUAAAUAGUGAGCUCUAAUCCUGAAUCAGCAAAUAUUCAGGAAAGCCAUUUUACUGUAGCAAGGAACCAAAGCACAUGUAUUGAUAACAUACUUAAAAUAUUUAUUUAGUGUUUAUUAUAUGCCAUUAUAUGCUAAAUGUUAGAGAUACAAAUAGCAAAAUAGUUUCCACUCUCAAGGAGCUAACAUUCUAAUGGGGGAGCCAAUAUAUACAUAAAUUAGUACCUAAAAGUAAUUAUAGAAUAUGGAAGAUAGCCCAAAAGGGAAAGCUACUCUUGGGAGCAAAGUAUAAACAGGAAAGAUCACCUGAGGAGGUGGUACUUGAACUAAAUCUUAAACGAAGCCAGGGAUUCUUGCAGACACAGGCUAGGAAGGAGAGCAUUCUAGGGAUGGGGACAGCUCAUGUAAAGGCAUGGAGACAAAAGACAAUGCCUAUGUGAGGAACAACAGCAAGUACCCUUGUGUACCUACACUGUAGCCACCAUAAAUUUGGGAAGAUGGAUCCUGUAUAUGGAGACUGAAGAUGGGAAGGGUCUAGAUUGUAAAGAGCUUUAAAUACUUAGUGGAGGAGUUUAUAUUUGAAACUAGUGGCAACACAAAGCCACUGGAGUUUGCUGACUAUCAACAUAACUUAAGAAAAUCAUUUUGGCAUCUGAGUGGAGGAAAGAUUGGAGUAAGGAGAGACUUCAGGUAGGAAAUCCACUUAGAUGGCUGGAGAAAUAGUCCAGGUGAGAAGUGAUGAGGGCUUGAACUAGGGUGGUAGCUGUGUGAGUGGAGAGGUGAUAUAUUGAAGAUAUAGUAGAAAGAAUAAUAGUAAGAUUUGGAAACUGAUCGGAAAAAUGGAGUUGGUGAGAGAGACUCAAUGAACAAUACCUAGAUUGCAAACAUAGUUGACUGGAAGAAUGUUGGUGCCUUAAGGCAGUAAUUGUGAGAUCUGGGAAAGAGGUGAAUUUGGAGACAAAUAAGUUCUCCUUUGGACAUGUUGAGUUUAAGAUGUCUAUAGGACUUCCAGGUCAAAAUAAUUAGUAGGCAUUUGGUGGUAGGGAACCAGAGCUCAAGAAAUAGACUAAGGAUGGAUGUAUAGAUAUGAGGAUAUUCUGUAUGGUGGAGAAAAGAAAGGAAUAAGCAUUUAUAUUGAACUUAAUAUGUGUUAGUUAUUGUUCCAAGCACUUUACAAAAUCUCAUUUGAUCCUCAAAAUCCUGUGAAGUAGUUGUAAUUAUUAUCUCCAUUCCAUAGUUGAGGAAACUGAGGCAGACCCUGAGAUUAAAUGCUUUAUCCAAGGUCACAAGGUAUUAUCAGAUGUCAUAUUUGAACUCAGGAUUUCCUGAUUCCAGGCCUAAUAUUCUAUCCACUGUGUCAUUUAGCUGCCUCAGGGAGGUAAAGAUAUGUUCAGAGAUGAUUUUAUUUAUUGAGAUCACUAAGUGAGAAAAUAUAGGAAUAUAAUCCCUGUCCCAAGACUUAUUGGUAUGAGACUCUCUCUUUAUUUGUAGAGAUGAAUGCCUUGCUUUGUAUGAAGGCCUGGGUGGAGUUAAGUGCUAUAGUUUUUGCCCCUUUCCUUCAGAUGCUCUUUGGGAAUUCAUCAUGCAUUGAGUCUUCUUCAUGAUGUUGAUGGCCUCUCAUGGCUUCCAGCUCUGAGAGAGAUGUGGAAGAGGCCAAUUCCACUUUAGGUUGCUAAAAGAAAAGGUUCUGGGAAAACAUGAGAGGAGCUGGUAGUCUCCAUCAUGUCCCUAUUCUCAGUUCCCCUCUUAAGAGACUUUCGAGAGUUUCCCCUUGGGUGAGAUCCAAGAUUUUCUCUCUUGGUUGAGCUGUUACCUUGGUCCCAAUGGGAAGAGUGCCUUUAUUCCAUAUUAAAUAGCAUGUAACAUCUGAUGUAUACCUUCUCUGAUUACUAUUUUGCUAUGCUUUGGAUAAAUUGAUUACUUUGCUCUUAGCUAUAUGUGUUCAUUGUGGAGCUGGUUUCUCCUGAGAAAGGAGUCAAACCUUUUGAUAUGGAGCUUGGGCUCUCCCUUCCUUACAAAUUACAAAAUGGUCAAAAGUUAGCUUAAACCUGACAUAUCCCCUAGCCCAGCAUCAGUGAAUGUUUUCAAGAUCGAAUGUCCAAAUGGCAACUUCAAACUUCUUUUUAACCCCUCACAUUAUCUCAGUCAGAGAAGAGAGGAUGUGCUUGCUUUGGGUGACUGGACAGAGGGGCAGGGUAUGCAAAAAAUGUCCUCAGGAACUAUGGAGAUGGGGAAUGGAGCAGCCAUGCUGCCCUAGCACCUGUGCCAUGGCUUUGCCAAUGUGGCCUAGACCAUCAGUACUUAAGGGAGCAGAUAGGUGUACUUCUAGCCCAGUAUCCCCUCCUUCUGAGGGGAACAGAGUUGUCUCUUGCCCAACUUUCUGCUUUUGUAUCUAGCAAGAAUGAAAAUCUCCCUGGGAGGUGGGUAGAAAGAAAGGAGAUGGAGAUGGUAUUCUGCCUUCUUUCAAGCCACACAGAAUGAUAGUCCCUCACCAGAGGAGCCCUCAUGUAGGGUCCUCACCUACUACAGAGAGGAUGGAGAACUUAAGAGACAGCAUUGGGGGACAGGCACACUUUAAUGGACAUGAGUUGAUGGAAAGUCAGCAAAGAAAGUCAUCAGCUGGGUAGAAGGAGAACCAAAAGAGCAGAGUUGAGAAAAUCCUGAGAGGAGUUUGUCACAAAGGAGACUUAUACAAGAUAUAGGAUUUUGAUGGACCCAGUUUAAAUAAUUUAGUUCGUUCACUUGUCUGUGCACAUAAAGCCAAAAUUAAGAUGGCAGAAAAAAAUCUUGUGAAUUCUGUGCUUAGGGUCCUAAAUCACCCAAGACUCACCUUGAUACCAACCUUAAGUGAGGAGAGGGUACUGUCUUCUGAUUUCCUCAGUCCUUCAUUGGCUCUCACGGGACUCAAUACUUAAAAGAUAGUGCUUAAGUUUUCUAGCUAAAAAGUAUAGGUAUGGAAAGCAGAGCUGGGACACAGAGAACUUCAUCAACCUGCCCAAAAAUGUGGUAAAAAACUUGGACUGAAUCAAUAAAGGAAAUGAAGAAAUGGAAAUAGAAUGGAGAGCUGUCAUAUAGAUUAAACCAUCCCUUUUGUGAGACAAUUUGGACUAUUUCUGGAAAAAUGCACAAAUACAAACACAGCUAAAAACUUUCACCCUGUCAAUCUAGAAGACCUAUUCUAAACUUCUUUUGCUAAUUAUUGUGCAAUCUUGGACAAGUCAUUUCCCUCUCCAAAUCUCAUUUUCCCCAUUUUGCAGAUGAGAUGACUAUCUGCUACACAAGAUUAAGGCAAGAAUCCUGUGGGGGUGUGAAAGAACACAUUUUACAAAAUGUUACUCAAAUAUUUGGUAUAUAAGUUUGAAAACCACUGAUAAACCCUCCUCAGACCAAGGCUUACCCUGGGAGCACCAUCUUGAGAUAGGAACUUAUUGUGUGUGCUAUGGUCCAGUUACCAGAAACCGCACACAUCUUUUACUUAAUAGCAUGAUGAAAAGAGCAAUGGAUUUUGGAUUGUGGGACCUGAACUUAAAUCUUUGCUCCAUUCCUUUUCAUAAAAAAAAAAAAUCCUUACUUUCUGUCUUAGUAUCAACUCUAAAACAUAAGGGCAAAGGCAAGUUAAUGGGAUUAAGGACUUUCCCUGGGUCACACAGAUAGGAAGUAUUUGGGGCCAUAUUCGAACCCAGGUCUUUCUAAACUCCAGGUCUGGUGGUGUGUCGACUGUGCCACUUAGCUAUCCCAAAAUUUCAGUCAUUUUUCAAUCGUGGCCGACUCUUUCUUGACAAAGAGACUAGAGUGACUUGUCAUUUCCUUCUCCAGUUCAUUUGGCAAUUGAGGAAAUUGAGGCAAAUGGGAAUAAAUGACUUGUUCAAGGUUACACAGUUAGUAUCUGAAGCCAGGCCUGGUGCUCUGUCCACUUAGCAACCCAGCUACCCUUCGAUUACUUAUUAACUCUAUAAACCUGCUUAAGUAAAUCCACUUUUAUAGGCUUUAGUUGUCUUAUUUAUAAAAUCAGGGAUGUAGUGGGUCAUCUUGUUACAAAGGAGGAUGCCAAAAAGCAUCAAAGGUCACUCAAGUCAGAAGCAGCAGAGCCAAGAUUUAAACCCAGAACUUCUCAUUUCAAAACCUGUGCUGUUUUCACCCUGCCAAGAUUGCAUUGAGUUCCCUACUCCCUUGUUUAAUGGGGGCACUCAUAAAAUGCAACUUGUUUCUGUUUGAGGUACCACGUAGCUAAGACUGGGAAUGGCGCCUCAUGGCUCUAGAAGCAGAGGGAAGCAGACAGGAAUCUGUUACAGUUUUCUAAACUUCAUUUUCCUUCAAGAUAUAGUCCAAAUCCUACCUUCUGCUGGAGGCUUUCCCUUCUGAGGCUGUCUUCCAUCUAUUCCAUAUACAUCUACACAGACAGCAAACUACUCCACUAUUUUGGCCAAGAAAAUCCCAAAUUGGAUCAGGAAGAAUCAUAUACUUCUGAAAUCACUGAACCACAAGAAAACAGCACUUAUACACAAUUCCUGCUACAUAGUAAUCACUUAGUAAGUUCUUGUUGACUUACAAUGCAUGCAUCUGUGUGACUGACUUUUUAGAGGAGUGGGAAUUGAUGGUCAUGACCACUCUCAUGCAGAUCCAGAGAAAAGCCUUCCAAAGAAGUCCAUGCUGGUUAAAGCUGUUCAGGUGACAGCAAAGCAUUGAAACACCAAAAAGGGGAGAAAUUGUGUGGCAGAGAAUCGCAGAACUGAGAAAGAUAAGGGGCUGAACUGAAGACUGAAUGAGUUUCAGAGUCCAAAAAAAAAAAAGAGAGAGAAAUCUGGACCUUUCUGUUGCUUGUACCAACUCAGAUUAUACAGAUCCAAGCAGAAGGGAGGUCAGCUUUCUGAGAACCCCAAGUCACAAAAGGUAGUUCUAUAAAUUAGGAUUGUAUAGCAUCUUGUGGAAAGGGAGAAUUUUCUUGUUUGUCCUGAGGUACCAGACAUUUCUGCAUUUUUAUUUUAUAAAUACAACUUUUCUAUGUGACUGUUCUUGUUAGUUUGAAUGGUUAGAGAGGUGCUAAUGUGACCUGAAUCUUGGGGUGGAAUAUGAGCCAUAUACUGAAGAAUCCAGUUUGCCCUAGAUGGGGGCAGCAAACUAUUUUUUGAGAAGUAAUCCUCUCUGCUAGAGGGUUCAAGUGGACAGAAUGCUAGGCGUACAGAUAGGAAGAUUCCUCUUCCUGACCUCAAAGUGGGUCUCAGACAUUUACUAGCUAUGUGAUCCUGGGCAAAUUAUUUAACUGUUUGCCUCAGUUUCCUCAUCUGUAAAAAGAGCCAGAGAAAGAAAAGGUAAAGCACUCCAGCAUCUUUGCCAAUAAAACCUCAAAUGAGGCCACAAAGAGUUGGACCCAACUGACAUGACUGAAUAGUCCUCUCUGAACAAACACACAUCCCAUCUGGGAUCACAGGGAGUUGGACUAGAAGAGAAAUACUACAAAAUGGCCCUUUUCCAUUCUCUAAACUGGGCAAAAGGGUGAUUAUACUGCUUCUGAAGCACAAAGGGCAGUUGAAAAUUGCUGUUUUCUAAAAGAACCUAAGUUAAGCAAAUCAUUUUGAACAAAAUUUAAACAAUGGUUUUGGGACAACCAUUUGAAUAUAUACUUUCUGGGUUACUGAAUUUUCACUUGUACAUGUCUCUUCAAUUAGAUUAUAACCUGCCCAAGGAUCUGAUCUCAGACCUUGGACCUUGUUCUUUCCUACUGCCCAGAGUAUAAUGGGCAUAUGUGAGUGCUCAAUAGUUGUUGACUGAUUAAAAUUUUUCCUUCUUCCCUUUCUUCAUUGUGUAAAGGAGGCCACAUGCAAUGAGGGAAAAAACCCAAGUGGGAAUGCUGACUUCCAUUCUAGUCCCCAGGAAUAUGAAAAUGACUGAUGGACAUUAAUAUGCAAAGAUCUAAGCAAGAUCAUAUCCCAAACUUUGUCUGUCACUAAUUCAAAGACUAUUAUUGGCAUUACAGGGGGGACCCACUCUUCAGACACAGGAUGCUAUUUUCCUUCCUAAUGCCAGGUAAAAAACAAUUCAAGGUGUCCAGGAAAACAGAUUAACAGGGCCACCAGGAGCCUAACAGAAAGUGUUCAGCAGGAGAAUAUGAUGAAACAACCUUAGGUCUGUUUAAUCUGCCUUUUUUCUUCUUCUUUAGAUUGCUAAUUAAAAUUGUUUUGUUUUUGAUCAAAAAUGAUUCUAAGCAAUUCUUUGUAAUUAAACCAGUUUGUAAAAAGCUCUGUUUAUUGGGAACAACCAUCAUUUCUAAGAUGAGAUGUUUUAUAUAUAUAUAUAUAUAUGUAUAUAUAUAUGUAUGUAUAUAUAUAUAGUGUAAUAUCAUAGAGAGAACAUUUGCUCAAAAGUCUGUGAUCUUACCUUUUUUAGUUCCUUUAAACAAUACAUAUUAAAACCCAUCUCUAUCUUGUAUAGAUCUUGCUCAUUUAUGGAUUUCCUGGUUUUCUACCUCAUUAGACUUUGGGACUGUUUUUUUUUCCCCUUUCUUCAUAUCCCCAGUCUUUAUCAUAAUGCCUGGCACAUAGUAGGCACUUAAAAAAGUGUUUAUUGACUGACAGACUUAGCAGUGCUUGUUGACUGACUACCCAAUAAAAUAUAAAUUACUCGAA